AUGGCGCUUUAUAAGUCCAGAGAUCCCAUACAGCAGGCUGUAGAGACCGGCACUGGACCCACCACGAGCUCUGUAGGCUCCUCGACAUGCUCCACGAUGUCUGCCACGGCAAGUCCAACGUCGGCCCUGGCCGGAGUUGGCGGGUCACUGUAUACGACGGGUGUUGUUGAAGCAGUCUCUGGGGACAAUGAGAUCGGUGCUCCUGGCGGGCCGGUGCCGUCUGGCCCCGCCUCUGCUUCUGACUCUGCUUCUGAUUCUGCGUCUGCCACUCCUGCAACUCUGCCAAUUCCAAAAAAAUCGCGUGCGAUCAAGACCGACAGGCCCCGUCCUUUUUUAUGUGCAAUCUGCACGCGAGGGUUUGCCCGUCAAGAGCAUCUGAAGCGUCAUCAGCGGGCUCACACGAAUGAAAAACCAUAUCUGUGUGCUUUCUGUGGCCGGUGUUUUGCGCGGCGCGACCUGGUUCUUCGACACCAACAGAAAUUGCACUCUUCCGUUAUGGACGCUGGUUCCGGCUCUAGGUCUGAUUCUGCUCGGCCCGGCUCCGUGCAGAAAGGUGCUUCGCGAGAUGCCAAACAACAUUUGAAUGAAGAUCACAUCAUAACCAUCACCGGUAACAAGCAAACCAUGCUGCCGAUGCCUCACAAGAACAACAUCACACCGGUCUCGUCGGCCGCACAUAAUAGUCCCUUUGUAUCUUCCACUGCCGUGAACUCUUCUCCGUAUGCUCCGUCAGAGCACGGCGACCUGCUUGAGAAGCAGCGCAAACGCAAAAGGCAUGCUUCUUUUUCAGCUGCCAGUUCAAUUACGUAUACCCAGGCCAAAGACGCUCCUGGUAUCAUAGACAACGCGAUUCCCGAUAUUCCACACCAAGUGGGCUUCUCAACACCGCAGCUUUCAGCCCAGGAGCUGGUCGAAAAGGCACUUGAGAGCGGCGUGGACCUCGAAAUGCUGCCGUUCCCAUCUUUGUUAGAGCUUCCAGAAGCUGUUGUCGAUCAUUCGCUCAACAGGGACCAGCAUCAUUCUCUACCACCUGAAACUCUUCCACCCCAACCUUUUGAAGAAAAGGACCGACUUUCAGGCACACUGGGUCAUCAGCACAGUUCAACUCCCGAUAUUCGCUCCGCCUUUGCUACCACGACGCCGUGGCUCUCGGAUUUUCUGCAAAUAGGAUCAUCGGUCGGUGGCUCAGGAGGUUUUACAGGCUACCUUCCUACAGACUCGAGUUUAGAUUUCUUCAGCUACGACUCAUCUUCUGAGAUCCCGCAACCCGUACCUCUUGACUCAAUCCCGGAGCAUACACCCCCUUCUAGGCAAAAACCAACGGGCUCCCAUUCGGAUCGACACGAGCAUUGGCUGUCCCAGUUCAUCAAUACACAUGUCGACGGAAAUUUCAAAGUGGACGUGAAUGAUUUUAAUGAAAUUGGUUUUCCUUACUCUAACUCUGAAGGUACAACAACAAAUUCGACACCAGCCGUUAAUGCGGCCACUCCACUUUCAAAAAUGGAAGACAAGUCAAAAGUAGCUUUUAUUCCUGGUCUCAUCGAAAAAUUCGCCGACGGAAGUCUCGAGGAUCUAAACUUUAAUGCAGCGAGGAGUGCGCCAAGGCCAUCCAAGAAGUAUCACAGAAAAAGCGACUUACCCAUGUUUUUCAAAUCGCGCCAAAUUGAUUUGUUCAAAAAGAUCUUGGAGAACCAAAACGAUUUUACCUCGCCAAUGCCGGAAAAUUCUGAGCGGACGUCCAUACGCAAGAGGAAAGGAACUAGACUACAAUUUUUUACUGAGGAGUUGAGGAAUCAUAUCUUGAAAUCGAAUGAUCUGUCGGCUGAUCAAUUUCCAACUUUAACUGAGCUCAACACAUAUGUGAAUCUAUACCAGGAUGAGUUUCAUCGCUAUUUCGGCUUUAUUCACCUUCAUUCAAUCAGGCCCUCUGCUGAUAGUUACUUCUUUUUGUUGUCUAUUGCAAUGAUCGGUGCACUUUACGGUUUUCACUCAUCCCAUGCUCUGCUGUUAUUCAACAUUUGUCGAUUCCGUAUCAGAGAAUAUUUGGAAAGGACAGUUGGACAUAAUCAAAAAUCCCCACUUUGGCUCAUACAAAGCAUGGUUUUGUUGAUUUUUAUCGGCAUAUUUAACAAUGAUGUGUCUUUCACCUUGAUCAUGAACACACAAAUUAGGUCACUGAUAGAGUUGAUCAAAAUGACGCAAUUGAAUAUGCCACUGGAGACAAUCCUAACUCCGCCAAUUGACAGUGACCACAUACUUGAUUACCAAGAUAAUCCGCAUCUGUUGCAAAAAAAGAGGCAAGAAUAUGAGUCACCAGAACAAAACGAGCGCAACUACAAUUACUUUGUGCUUGCUCAAUCGAGGAUACGAACUUGUCACACAGUUUUGCUUAUAUCCAAUCUUUUCAACUCUUUAGUGGGGCUUGAUUGCUGCUUUCACUCGAUUGACUUAAAAUGUGGUAUUCCUUGUUACCGCGAAGAUCUUUAUUUCUGCGAGAGCCCUGAACAGUGGGCUAGUCUUCUACAAGGCUACCACAUUUCACUUGACUCGAAAUUCUCUCUAAUUGAACUCUCGAACGGCGGUGAGAGUUAUAAAAACUGUCUUAUUUACCUUACAAAUGGUUACCAGUUCUUUUAUGAGAAUAAAAAGGUCUCUUUUAAAACAUUACUUUCUCUAUUGAUUUCGAUCCAUGAGAAAAUUUUCAUAGAGCAGUACAAUCUGCGACAAGAGACAAAUGAACAGAUCUUAGACGUCAAGUGGCGCAUGAAUUGCCGGCCCAUCAUCGAAUCUUUGCUCAAGUAUUGGGAAGCAUUAUACCUAAAAAAUGGUGGUGUGAUUAUAGCUAACGAGGGAAAUAUUGCGUUUAUCAACUCUAAUCCCUCACUAAGGUUGAUCAUACCGCUUCUCAAUUUUGCCAAGAUACGCAAAUGUUUAACUAUCACUGACAUCAUGAAAAAAAUAUGGUUUAAAGAUUGGGAGGGAAUGAAUGAAUGCUUAGAAAAAUACCGCGAUUGGGAAGUUUUACGAGAGGCCACCGACUACGCUCUCAACAUCGUCAAGUUUUGGGUGGACACUGUCUUUAUUGUAAAAAACGCCGAAAAAACAUCUCUCCGAACUCCGAUUUUUUCCAUCACUUGCAUCUUUACCUCAAUUCUCAUUAUUGCGGAAUAUCUGAAACGUGUUGAAAUGUGGGCUGGUAAUUACCGCGAUGGACAAUCUACUGAAGUUCUCAAAGCUGUGGACAGAACGCUGUGGCUAAAAUCAGAGACUAUAUUGAAAAAAAUAGAAGAGCACCUUCUGCCCAAAGGAUAUAACAUGCAAUCAUAUGCGGAAUUUCUGAGACUACAAGCAAAUGGGGCCCUUGACGUUGAGGCUCUAGAUGACGAUUUGGCGCGCAAAGCGAUGAGUCCGAAUACCGAUAUCGCAGAAACAGUGGACUUAAUUUUAAAGGCCAGAAUCUCGUCCCGCUCUCUUUACCUGGGAGUGCGAAUCCUAGGAGAUGCCCCCAUCUGGCCAAUCGCUUUACUAUUUGCUCAUGCCUUACAAUCCAGAGCCAUUUUCAACCUGGCCAACCAUGGGCUGUCGUCGAAGACGACGUCCGACCAAGAGAAAUGA